AUGGGAAGAGGAAGAGUAGAGCUGAAGAGGAUAGAGAACAAAAUAAACAGACAGGUGACAUUUGCAAAGAGGAGGAAUGGGUUGCUCAAGAAAGCCUAUGAGCUCUCUGUUCUUUGUGAAGCUGAGGUUGCUCUCAUCAUCUUCUCCAACCGUGGCAAGCUCUAUGAGUUCUGCAGCAGCUCCAACAUGCUCAAAACACUUGAAAGGUACCAAAAAUGCAGUUAUGGUACAAUCGAAGUCAGCCGCUCAGCUGAGGCCGAGCAAAGCAGCUACAGAGAGUACUUAGCACUGAAAGAGAAAUAUGAGUCGCUCCAACAAUAUCAAAGACACCUUCUGGGAGAAGACUUGGGCCCGCUGAACAUAAAGGACCUUGAACAACUUGAGCAUCAGCUGGACUCAUCCUUGAAGCAGAUUAGGUCUACAAAGACCCAAUUUAUGCUUGAUCAGCUUUCUGAUUUUCAAACCAAGGAAAGGAUGUGGGUUGAGGCCAACAGGGCAUUAGAGAGGAAGCUGGAUGAAAUGUAUGCAGAAAACCACCACAUGCAACCACCAUGGGCAGGUGGUGAUCAACACAAUCCCUUUGCCCACCACCAGCAUGCUCAAUCGCAGGGGUUCUUCCAGCCUCACGACUGUGAUCCCACUUUGCAAAUAGGGUAUAAUACUGUAGGUACAAGCCAAAUUACAGCUGCAACUCAUGCCCAAAAUGUGAGCGGAUUAAUCCCCGGGUGGAUGCUCUGAAUUGCUCUCAGAAAAUUAUCUACCAGGUAAAUGGAUUUUGGUGGGUGAUGAUAUGUAAAUGGAUUGGCUUACCAUAUGUAUCCUAUAAUAAGAGGAAAAACAGCAGUGACUGAUUUUCAGACCACUAUGUAACCAUUGGACAUGGCUUUUAAGACCUUAUAGUACUUUUAAUUUGGUGAAUGUUGAGAGACCUGAUUUCUCUCUUCAUUUGAGAACAAUUUGACAUAAGGUUGUUUGACCAUUUGAAAACAUGCAAUGUAUUUUAAUUUGGUGACUGUAAUAUAUAUAUAUAUAUAUAUAUAUAGUGUUGUUUGUAA